AUGGGCAAACGCGUCAGCGACGAAGCUCUCCAGCGCAACGGCAUCGCUGUGCAGAGGAUGUUCCAGAGGAACGCCGGUCUGCGCGCACGCACCACAGCCCAGCUCCACCGCGAUCGAGAUGAGCGCGCCGCCGUACGGGCGGCGGGUGAUCGCUGCGGCGGGUGCGGGUCUGCGGGACCGUCGCUUCGGGUGUCCUCUACCUCUGCGGCUGCGCUGGUGGGUGCUGUCGGCGGGGAGGGCGGGGGUCGUCGACCGGAAUGGUGCGCCCCUGAUUGUCGUGGAUCUCUCUCUCGCGCCUCGCUCGAUGUAUCCACGUACCUCAGCCGCCAGAUGGACCUGGCCGAACACAUGCGCACUUUGUCUCUUGACCAUCAACGGCCUCUGCUGGAUUGCGCUGCGCCGCUGGAGGGAGGGGAUGGUGCCAGUCGCUCGUGCUUCCUUUUAGAGGUCCAAAAGGCCCGGCAUGCUCGCGACAUUGACAGACCGCCAGCAGACGCGCGACUAACACCCCAUGAAGCGCAAAAAGCUCAGUGGAAGGCGUAUCAUCACCAGCAGGCGGUGCUGCGUCACGAGCAGACAAUUCCACGUCGGCGUGCCGUCGAUCCGUACGUGCACCUCACCGGCGCGCAGUUUGGCGCAUCCUUGGCGGUGCCAAAUGCCUACACAGCAGGCCGACUGGCAGAGCGCAACGGCGGACGGUGGGCACUCGACAACCCGCAUCGCCAGCAGCUUUACAAAGGUGAGCCUGUUAUGACGCGCAUCAUGCAUGGCGAGUUCUACAGUGAGGGUGCAGCGCGUUACGCUGCCGGUGUGCCGCGCUAUGACAUACUGGCGAAAAAUCGCCGUGACGUGCGAGUGGCGAGUGAGAUUAACCGGAUGGAGCGGCAGCGGCGCUAG